AUGCGUGUAGUUGCCGUGAAGAGUUUAUCCACACGUAGUGCCCCAGAGAACACCCUGGGCAGGCAAACCGCCAGCCUUGACUCACUGACUAUUGUUAAAGCACUAUCUAGUUUUGACAGAGUACAGGAGAAGCUACAGAAGUACCUAAAGAAAAACGUGUUGCUGUGGGAGCAGCUACAGAAGUACCUACAGAACAACUUGUUACUGUGGGAGCAGCUACAGAAGUACCUUCAGCAGAACUUAUUACAGUGGGAGCAGCCACAGAAGUACCUGCAGAAGAACGUGUUACUGUGGGAGCACCUACAGAAGUACCUACAGAACAACUUGUUACUGUGGGAGCAGCUACAGAAGUACCUACAGAACAAUUUGUUACUGUGGGAGCAGCUACAGAAGUAUCUACAGAAGAACUUGUUACUGUGGGAAGCAGCUACAGAAGUACCUGCAGAAGAACUUGUUACUCUACAGAAGUACCUACAGAACAACUUGUUACUGUGGGAGCAGCUACAGAAGUAUCUACAGAAGAACUUGUUACUGUGGGAGCAGCUACAGAAGUACCUGCAGAAGAACUUGUUACUGUGGGAGCAGCUACAUAAGUACUUACAGAACAACUUGUUACUGUGGGAGCAGCUACAGAAGUACCUUCAGCAGAACUUGUUACAGUGGGAGCAGCCACAGAAGUACCUACAGAAGAACGUGUUACUGUGGGACCACCUACAGAAGUACCUACAGAAUAACUUGUUACUGUGGGAGCAGCUACAGAAGUACCUGCAGAAGAACUUGUUACUGUGGGAGCAGCUACAUAAGUACCUACAGAACAACUUGUUACUGUGGGAGCAGCUACAGAAGUAUCUACAGAAGAACUUGUUACUGUGGGAGCAGCUAUAUAAGUACCUACAGAACAACUUGUUACUGUGGGAGCAGCUACAGAAGUACCUUCAGAAGAAUGUGUUACUGUGGGAGCAGCAGCUACAGAAGUACCUGCAGAAGAACUUGUUACUGUGGGAGCAGCUAGAGAUGUACCUACAGAAGAAUGUGUUACUGUGGGAGCAGCUACAGAAGUACCUGCAGAAGAAUGUGUUACUGUGGGAGCAGCCACAGAAGUACCUACAGAAGAAUGUGUUACUGUGGGAGCAGCUACAGAAGUACCUGCAGAAGAACUUGUUACUGUGGGAGCAGCUAGAGAUGUACCUACAGAAGACAAAAGAUUAG